CUUAAGAAAUUCCGAAUAUCGUGUGUUGCUUUAUUUUAAAGCUAACCACCUACUCAUCCCUACAUCGGCUAUACAAGGUAAGCAUCGCUCAUGUCGUAAGUCCUACCUAACCAGGACGUAAUGAACGAUAUGAGCGAAUCAUGUAUCAAGCUACCAAAAUGAUGAAUGAACCUACUUUAUUUAUAUAACUGAACAAGUCCGUUCCCAAGCCAAUAAUUAAUAACAGCUUUUGUUAUAAUGACUUUUCAUAAUAAUAAAUAAGAUAUUACUAUCAACUAACAUACGAAAUGGUCCGAUCCCCAGCAUUCACUCUUCGGUGUCGUGCCCUUCCGAUCUCCAAAGGAGUGCCAAGGUCGCGACAGCGUCUCCAUCCCUUUUCUACGACCGCAUCGCUACGGGGUCCUCUCUUAAACACGCUAAAGCACGACCACCAAGAGCUCGCGGCCUACGCCCCUCAUAUCGUGCAAAACAAGAAUGCAGAUGAGCGGACAAGAUUCAGAAACCUCUUCGUGUGGGAAUUGGCACGUCACUCCAUGGCCGAAGAGAUCAUCAUCUACCCGGCUAUACAAAAACACGUCGAGAACGGGCGGGACAUGGCGAAUAAAGAUCGCGACCAGCAUCAGAGUAUCAAGAAACAACUAUACUAUCUCCAGAACCUCGGGGCCAAAGACCCCGACUUCGAGCCGACGUUCGAUGCGCUCUUCUCGAGCUUGCAGCGGCACGUGGAGGAGGAGGAGGAGCACGACCUGCCGGCGCUCGAGGCCAAGCUCGACGAGGACUCGCUGCUGCAGCUGGGGCGCUCGUUCGACCGCGCCAAGGCUUUCGUGCCCACCCGCAGCCACCCGCAGAUGCCGAGGGCUCCGCCCCUCGAGACCGCCGCCGCCCUGCUGUCCGCCCCCAUCGAUAAGUUCCUAGAUAUCUUCCGCAAGUUUCCGAAGGUGGAUGGGCCGAUGCUGUGAUCAAGGCAGUAGCAGCAGUAGCAGCAGCAAAUUGUAUAUAUAGGUAGGGAAAAAAAGAUGGCGCACGGAAUUUAAAACUAGAAAUAAAAUAAAUGGGCGUUUCCGGUUCUUGUAGAAAUUGAGUAUCAUGGCGUUAAGAAAAGGUCUGGAAAUAUAUAUACCUUAUAUAUAAGUAUAUAUCAAAAGUCGUCAGGUGGUCCUGGAGACAAUAUCAGGUAACUAAAAUAUAACCACCGGAAUAAUCGUAGAAGUAAACCAACCUUCGGAGAAUAUAGAACUUCUUAUUG